CCUGAGAAGUAAUAACAUGCACGCCAAGAAAACGCCAUAUAACACAUGAUAACCAUUCCUCAACCUAACUGUAUAUCAUCUCCUUUCUUCUCCCCUCUCAUUCCAUUGCCAUGAUCGUUAUCAUCAUCCAUUCAUGAUGACAAUGAUCAGCAAUCUCACCUCCCUCAUCUCCUCCGCUUCUGAAGCUAACCCCGCCAUUGCCGCAAACUUAGUCCCCCGGCAACUCUUUUUCCUCCACGACAUCCAAAUCUUGGAGCUCUUUGUGGCUCUAUGUGUUUUCGUGAUAAUACACUCCCUGAGGCAAAAGAAGCACCAUGGCAUACCCGUUUGGCCUCUGCUCGGAAUGUUGCCCUCCAUGGCUCUUGUCAUCGGAUCCCAAACCAACAACCUCUACGAGUGGCUCACACAAGUUCUCUGCCGCCAAAACGGUACCUUCACAUUCAGUGGCCCUUGGUUUAGCAGCCUCCACUGCAUCAUCACUUCCGACCCUCGAAACUUGGAGCACCUUCUCAAGACCAAGUUCUCCAUCUUCCCCAAAGGCCCUUAUUUCCGUGACACGGUCCGUGAUCUCCUCGGAGACGGGAUAUUCAGCGCUGACGACGAGACAUGGCAGCGACAGAGGAAGACGGCCAGCCUCGAGUUCCACUCCGCCAAGUUCCGGCAAUUGACUGUAGAAUCCUUGUUGGAGCUGGUCCACAGGAGGCUUCUACCCGUAUUAGAGGACUCCAUCAAAAACUCAUUUGCCCCAAUCGACCUCCAAGACGUUCUUUUGAGGUUGACGUUUGAUAAUGUGUGCAUGAUAGCAUUUGGGGUUGACCCCGGUUGCUUGAGACCCGGGUUACCCCAAAUACCAUUUGCUCAGGCGUUUGAGGACGCCACCGAAGCAACGGUGAUGCGCUUUGUGACACCAGCGUGUCUGUGGAAGGCCAUGAGGUACUUCAACUUGGGGGCAGAGAAGAAGCUCAAGAUGUCCAUAAAAGGAGUGGAUAAGUUCGCAGACGAUGUGAUUCGGACAAGGAAGAAAGAACUCUUGGAUACUACUAGUUCCCUUAGUGAUCAUAAGCAAAGAUCGGACCUGUUGACGGUGUUUAUGAGGUUGAGAGAUGAGAAGGGAGAAGGGUUCACUGACAAGUUCUUAAGGGAUAUAUGCGUCAAUUUUAUACUGGCAGGGAGAGACACUUCAUCAGUGGCGUUAAGCUGGUUCUUCUGGCUGCUUCAUAUCCAUCCGGAAGUGGAACACAAUAUUUUUCAAGAACUACGCACCAUAGUGGAUGCAAGAUCAACGAAUGAUAAUGUAACCGAACUGGUUUUCUCGGCGGAAGAGAUAAAGAAGAUGGAUUAUCUUCAGGCUGCUCUAUCAGAAACUCUAAGGUUGUACCCUUCAGUUCCACUGGAUCACAAGGAGGUUGUUGAAGAUGACGUAUUUCCAGAUGGUGUUAUACUGAAGAAGGGAACUAAAGUGAUCUAUGCAAUUUACAGCAUGGGGCGAAUGGAGUCAAUAUGGGGAAAGGACUGCAGGGAGUACAAGCCGGAGAGAUGGUUAAACCCAAAAGAUGGCCGGUUCAUGAGUGAGUCUGCCUACAAAUUCACCGCCUUCAAUGGCGGUCCUCGCCUCUGCUUGGGAAAAGAUUUUGCUUAUUAUCAAAUGAAAUUUGUCGCUGCCUCCAUCAUCCAUCGCUACCAUGUGAAGGUGGUCGAUAAUCACCCCAUUGUACCAAAGCUAGCAUUGACAAUGUACAUGAAGCAUGGAUUGAAAGUCACCCUCCAUAGGCGUACGUGAUCUAAUGCAGCCUCAUCACCAGAGCACCAAGGCAGAAUAGUUAUCAAUUAAGGAUCAUUUGGUACUGUUAAUAAUUAAGUAAUAGCUUCUUAUUUUUUUGUUUGUGUUGUGGUCUUUUAUAGAUAAAUGGUAUUACCAUAGAAUAGAGGGUCGUGUGGAUUUCGGAACUUCAAAUAUUUGAAUAAUGGGAUUGUGUAAGA